UUUAAAGUCAGAUAAAUAAAAAAAAAUUCUUCUCACUUUAGCCAAUAAUUAUUGGUACUUGCAUUAUACAUUUUAGAAUUUAUAUGUUAACUAAAUUCCACCAUUCAAAAACAAAAUACAAAAUUUAUUUUUUUAAAUAAAGAACCAAUUAGGGCAGAGUAAAAUUAGAAAAAUAAAAUAAAAAAAAUGGGACUGUAAAUGAGAAAGGGCAAAACAGUAACUUUGAAACAAAGCAGGAAAGAAAGACUGGUGCUUGAGUUUGAUGCAUUGGUGGCUCCGAAGUCCGAACCGAACCAAAAGUAAAGAACCUUAAAAAUGCCUAUCUGAAAUCUCAAAUGCUCUGUUUCUCUGGUUUCCCACUUCUGUUUAAAACCCCAAAACCCUUCAAAAACAAGAAAGAGAUUGAAAAUGGCGAGCAGUUCAGUGGACUUGGAAGAUGUGCCCUCCGAAUCACUCAUGAGUGAGCUUCUCCGCCGUAUGAAGUGUGCAACCAAACCCGAGAAGCGCCUCAUCUUCAUUGGUCCACCUGGAUCAGGAAAAGGUACUCAAUCACCAAUCAUAAAGGAUGAGUACUGCUUGUGUCACUUGGCCACUGGUGAUAUGCUAAGAGCUGCUGUUGCUGCUAAAACUCCACUUGGUAUCAAGGCCAAGGGGGCUAUGGAUAAAGGAGAACUUGUUUCUGAUGACCUGGUUGUUGGCAUUAUUGAUGAAGCCAUCAAGAAACCUUCAUGUCAAAAAGGUUUCAUUCUUGAUGGAUUUCCAAGGACUGUAGCCCAAGCACAGAAGCUUGAUGAAAUGCUUGACAAGCAGGGAGUUAAAAUUGAUAAGGUGCUUGAUUUUGAAAUUGAUGAUGUGAUCUUGGAGGAGAGGAUUACUGCUCGCUGGAUCCACCCUGGUAGUGGUAGGACCUACCAUACAAAAUUUGCACCUCCUAAAGUUCCUGGCGUUGAUGAUGUGACUGGGGAACCUUUGAUUCAGCGUAAAGAUGAUACUGCAGCUGUUCUCAAGUCAAGGCUACAGGCAUUUCACAAGCAAACUGAACCAGUGAUUGAUUAUUAUUCCAAGAAGGGAAUACUUGCAAAGCUUCAUGCAGAGAAAUCUCCUAAAGAGGUUACGGAUGAGGUUAAAAAGGUACUUUCAUGAUGAAACCACAUUAGGGAUGAGGUUCAGAAGGUGCUCUACUCAUGAAUGUUGGUUCUCUUAACUAACAAACAGAAAUUUCUUUGUGUCAAGAAUUUUCUUGGAUUUUUGCUCAUGUUUUGGGUGCACAUUCAGAUACUCUGAUCCAUUAUGAGCUCAUUGCUAUUGGCUCAAAUGCUGUUCAAGAAUUGAAGAUGAUGGUGAUGCUUAUACUUGAAUAAUGAUACUAUAGAUUGACAACAAAUCUUUUUUGGUUAUUGUAAUCUCAAAGGUGCUUUGCUAUGUCCCUUGCUAAUCAAACUAGUGAGUAGUGGCAGUUACCUAUUUGGUAUUGUUAUGUGAUGUUGGGUGGGACAAAAUUACUUGGACUUAUUAAAGAGGUUAGACAAAUUCAUG